AUCCAAUCGAUGUCUAUUGAGAAAGCUUCUCAAUAUCUCACACUUGUUGUGAAGUGAACAAGUCAAUCGCUCCAACAUGAUCGGUAUAAUUAACUUUGGCAGGAGCCAGUCUGCCACCUUGAUGAACUCCUCGAAUGCUUGAGCACGUGGUGGUUUCGUUAGUUUAGGACUUAUGUGUCGAAGUUAUCCGUUACAAAAUCAAAAUGGUCAUCCUGCUCACCGUUUUCAUUCUCACCUUGAUGAUCUAUUUUCUGCUCCAAAUCAGGAAGCCGGAAAACUAUCCUCCAGGUCCACCAUUUCUACCUAUUGUUGGUCACCUUUUCACCUUGAAGAAAUUGGGCAGAAAGUUCAUGUUUCAACAUUUGGUGUUUAAUCACUUGAACGAGGUUUUUAACACGAAUGUGUUAGGCUUGAAAAUGGGAAACGAGCUGACUAUUGUUGUCAGUUCCUACCAAUUCACUCGACAAGUGUUGACCGAAGAAGUGUUCGAAGGAAGACCGGAUAAUUUUUUCCUGAAAUUGAGAUCCAUGGGAAAGAGAAUAGGAAUCACCAGUGCUGAUGGGGAGGAAUGGAACACCCACAGGCAAUUCGUCGUGAAGCAUCUGAGAAAUCUCGGUAUGGGCAAAGAAACAAUGUCGAUUUUGAUCAGGAACGAACUGGCCAAUCUAAUGAAAAUAUUGCCGGAUAACGACGCGCCGUUGAAAAAUUUACUGGCUACGUGUGUCAUCAAUAUCAUAUGGAAUUUAACAACUGGAUCCAGUUUCGCAGUGGACGAUCCUCGAUUGGAGAAGCUGAUAGGAAUUUUGGGUGCUAGAUCGAGAGCUUUCGAUCUAUCUGGUGGUGUUAUGAACGCUUUGCCUUGGCUCAGGUUCAUAGCACCAAAGAGGAUUGGAUACGAUAUGAUAUGUAAAUUGAAUAGGGAACUGCAUUCGUUAUUCAUGGAAACCAUCAACGAGCAUUACAAGUUUCACAGUGAUGACAAUGACGAGGAUCUGAUAGACGUUUAUAUCACUGAAAUAAAGAAAGGCAGUCCUUCAUUCUCAGAUGAGCAGUUGAUCGUUGUUUUGCUAGAUUUAUUCAUUGCUGGGUCUCAAACAACCAGUACCACCCUGGAUUUUGCUCUAAUGAUGUUGAUCAUUAGACCGGAUCUGCAAGACAAGUUACAAAAACAGAUGGACGAAGUAUUCGAUGAGAAUAUACCUAUAACUUAUGCCCAAAAACGUAGGGCCCCUUAUGCAGAGGCUAUUUUAAUGGAAGUAAUGCGAUUUUUCCUCAUCACACCAAUAAUAGGACCACGGAGGACAUUGUGGAACACUGUAAUCGACAACUAUUCAAUUCCACAGGAUACCACAGUAUUAAUAAACUUACAAUCGGUUUUCCAUGACAAGGCUUAUUGGAAGGAUCCAGAAGUGUUCAGACCAGAACGAUUUUUAGAUGCCAACGGAGAGUUGAUCAACCAUGAUUACCUAUUUCCAUUUGCUUUAGGAAAGAGGCGAUGUCCCGGUGAAGUACUAGCUCGCAACUGCCUGUUCACGUUUUUUACAGAAAUCGUGAGGAAUUUCAGGAUUACGUUGCAUCCAGAAUCUCCGACACCCAGUCUGAUACCUCAGCCAGGAAUUGUGUGUUCACCACAGCCUUAUCUAGCAAAGUUCACGCCAAGAAAUACAGUUGCGGUUGUAUAAUUUCCUGAAGAAAC